AUGCUGGUGGCGCAGCUGAAGUCUGCGGCCAAGCCUGUCCAUUAUGGCGACUUUAGUCCGUGCCUAUCCAGCCGAGAAGGCCUAUCUGCGACCGCGUCUGGGAAACUCGGUGGAGCUGCACGAGUGCAAGGCAGUGGAGCGACUCCAGGUACACCCCUUGGUAGGGCGGAGAAAGGCGAGCUUCAGGUCUUCCCCAACAACAACACCUACAGCGGAACUUGGCUGGAUGGACGGAUGCACGGCGAAGGGCUCUAUGUCUGGAACGAUGGUUCUGAAUAUGCCGGGGAUUUCCGUGAUGGCUUCAUGUGGGGUCAAGGUGAAAAGCGGUGGCCAACUGGGCGGACAUACUCGGGAGAGUGGGUCCAGGACCUGAUGUGGGGAAAUGGCGAGAUGACAUGGCCAUGUGGUGAGAAAUACACCGGUCAGUUCUGCAAAGGAGUCUUCCACGGGCGCGGAACACGAUGCUGGCCCAACGGUGACAGCUACACCGGCAGCUUCAGAAAAGGCGAGCAAGAAGGUGAUGGCAGCUUUACGAGCGCAGAAGAAGGCUGGGUCUACACAGGCCACUGGGUACAUGGGCUUAUGUGUGGCGUUGGCAAGAUGUCAUGGCCAGAUGGACGAACCUAUGUGGGGCAAUGGGUGGAUGGCAAGCGCCAUGGGACUGGCUGCCUUACUUGGCCCGACGGUGCCCGCUACGAGGGUCAGUUCGCGAGCGACCGCGUUGAAGGGCAUGGCAAGAAGUCCUUCCCAGAUGGAUCUUGGUGUGAAGGCGCCUUCAAAGAUGGCCACUUGCAUGGUCAUUGCACAUACCACUGGGCGGACGACAUGGAGUUUGAGGGCCUUUGGGAGAAUUCUGCUGUGGUUGGGCCUGGCACUCACCGCUUUUCGGACGGAACUGAGAUCACGGGAGACUUUGAGAGCCGAGGUGCGUGUGGGGAAGGUGUGAAGAGCUGGGCAAAUGGCUGUGAGUACACAGGCCGCUUGGUUCACAACCAGAUACAUCACUACGGCGUGUUGAAAUGGCCGGACGGGCGAUGCUACGUAGGGCACUUCAAGGAUGAAGCCAUGCAUGGUGUAGGUAUGCUUAGCUGGAAAGGCACGGAAGGAGACGCUGUGUACAAGGGAUACUUCGCAGACAACAUUUUCCACGGUCAUGGAUCACUGGAGCUGCCAAAUGGUGCACUGUAUGAAGGUGACUUCAGGUGUGGGGUGUACCAUGGGCGAGGCAAAUUCCACUGGCCCGAUGGCAGCACAUACUCAGGUGACUGGCACAAUGGAGAGAUGGAAGGCCGAGGCACACUUUCUCAUCCAGGAGGUGACGACACAGAGUGCUUCGUAUAUGUCGGUGAGUUUGUCGAGGGCGAGAUGCAAGGAUGCGGAUGCGCAACUUUUCCGCGGAGUGAUGGAGAAGUGGACCAGUACAAGGGCGACUUCCAGUGCUCACGCAUCCAAGGCUGCGGCUCUUUGACAGACGCUUCAGGUUCGAGACAUGGGUCCUUCGAGAGCGGCUGCACGGUCGGUGAGAAGAUCGACGCGUCGGGCCAGGUCUUUCGCGGAUCAAUGGCGAGGGACGUAGCACAUGGCCCUGCGGUCAUGUACGGUGCGAAGGUCACCGCAGGAUUCUGGCACAACGGUGCUUGCCAAUCAUCGUUGAGGGAAAGCCUCGUGUCUGCCAAGAUGGGCUCCAAGGUUUUUUCUGCCGAGGAGAGUGCCGAGCCAAACGUGGCUGGAAAGAACAAGCAGCAGAAUGGUGUGGCACUAGCUUUGCUUCCUGGUGCUGUUGCAGACUGCCUUACCUGCGACGCGUACGCUGGACAGGUGGAGGCUGGCAAAAAGCAUGGCCACGGUAUUUAUGUCUAUGCCGAUGAUACUGCGUUCAAAGGGGAGUGGUCAGAGGAAGAGCACCCACGAAAGGAAGGUCCUGCGCCCGAGGUUAGAGGAGUUUUUGGUCCAGCCAUGGGGCCCAAAAACAAGGACGAUGAUGACGAUGUUGAAGAAGAAGAUGAUGAGGAUGUGCCCAAAAAAACCGGAGAGUCGGCCAAAGAGGCCAAGCAAUUAGACAGCUUGACCGAUUUUGUGGAUGAGGACAAAGUCACAUCCAAGGUAGACACAAAGGAGGUGGAAGCCAAGCUAAACGAGCUGAAAAAGAAGAAGGAGGAGGCUGAAAAAGAAGCAGCAGAGAGGGAAAAAAAACUCCAGCAAGUGAGGAUUUGCCCAGAUGAUUUGGAACUCAUGUGCUCGGAGCUGCCGCUGUGUGACCGAGCUGCUUUGGAGCGGUUGCUGCGGAUGCAUGAUGGCGACCUGAUUGCAGCACUUCGUUCUGCAGUGAGGACCAUUCCGAUCAAUACUUCAUAGAAUCUGAAGUGAGACCAGCGUGAGAUAUGCGCUUGCAGCACGAUCCACGUUGGUCGGUGCAUCCAAAAAAUGUGCUGCAUUCGGCUCGUUCGCUGGAGCCAAGACCCGAGACUCCAGACAUGCAGGCCGCGAUGAGCGAGAUGGGACGUGACGGACUAAACAAGAGACAGGCCACAAAACAAAACGUGAGACGUA